GGUGGCCCGUGGCCGGCUGGGACUUCCACGCAGCCGGGCCGGCGGGACUGCAGGAUGGGCUGAGGCGGCGGCGGUUCUCAGGACGAGAAGCCAGGCUUGAAAAUGGAGAUGUAUGAAACCCUUGGAAAAGUGGGAGAGGGAAGUUACGGAACGGUCAUGAAAUGCAAACAUAAGGAUACUGGGCGGAUAGUGGCCAUUAAGAUAUUCUAUGAGAAACCAGAAAAAUCUGUCAACAAAAUUGCAACGAGAGAAAUAAAGUUUCUAAAGCAAUUUCGGCAUGAAAACCUGGUCAAUCUGAUUGAAGUUUUUAGACAAAAGAAGAAAAUUCAUUUGGUAUUUGAAUUUAUUGACCACACAGUCUUAGAUGAGCUACAGCAUUACUGUCACGGGCUGGAGAGUAAGCGGCUGAGAAAGUACCUGUUCCAGAUCCUUCGGGCGAUUGAAUACCUGCACAAUAAUAACAUUAUCCAUCGAGAUAUAAAGCCUGAGAAUAUUUUAGUCUCCCAGUCAGGAAUUACAAAGCUCUGUGAUUUUGGGUUUGCGAGGACACUAGCAGCUCCUGGAGAUGUUUACACAGACUACGUGGCCACACGCUGGUACAGAGCUCCGGAACUGGUGUUGAAAGACACCUCCUACGGAAAACCGGUGGACAUCUGGGCUUUGGGCUGUAUGAUCAUUGAAAUGGCCACUGGCAAUCCCUACCUUCCUAGCAGUUCCGAUUUGGAUUUGCUCCACAAGAUUGUUUUAAAAGUAGGCAACCUGACCCCGCACCUGCACAAUAUCUUUUCCAAGAGUCCCAUCUUUGCCGGGGUGGUUCUUCCUCAAGUUCAACACCCAAAGAAUGCAAGAAAGAAAUACCCAAAGCUCAACGGGUUGCUGGCAGAUAUAGUUCAUGCUUGUUUACAAAUUGAUCCUGCAGAGAGGAUAUCAUCUACUGAUCUUUUGCGUCACGAUUACUUUACUAGAGAUGGAUUUAUUGAGAAAUUCAUACCAGAGCUGAGAGCUAAAUUAUUGCAGGAAGCAAAGGUUAAUUCAUUUAUAAAGCCAAAAGAGAAUUUUAAAGAAAACGAACCUGUGAAAGAUGAGAAAAAAUCAGUUUUUACCAACACUCUGCUCUAUGGAAACCCAUCGCUUUAUGGAAAGGAAGUGGACAGAGACAAAAGGACCAAGGAGCUCAAAGUCAGAGCCACUAAGGCCAAAGGGGGGAAAGGAGAUGUCCCAGACCCGAAGAAGACAGAGUGUGAAGGUGAACACCGCCAGCAGGGCACAGCUGAUGACACACACGCAUCACUGGACAGGAAGCCUUCUGUCUCAGAAGUAACAAACCCUGUCAAUCCCAGUGCGAGUUCUGACGGCGUCAAAGAAGACCCACACUCUGGGGCUUGUAUGACAAUGCCACCAAUCAACCUGACAAGCAGUAAUUUGUUGGCCGCAAAUCUCAGUUCAAACCUCUCCCACCCCAAUUCACGGUUAACUGAAAGAACAAAAAAGAGACGCACUUCUUCACAAACUAUUGGACAAACUUUGUCUAAUAGCAGACAAGAAGACACAGGUCCCACACAAGUCCAGACAGAAAAAGGUGCAUUUAAUGAGCGAACAGGCCAGAAUGACCAGAUAGCAAGCGGGAACAAAAGAAAGCUGAAUUUUUCCAAAUGCGACAGGAAAGAAUUCCAUUUUCCUGAACUGCCAUUCACAAUACAGGCGAAGGAGAUGAAAGGGAUGGAAGUUAAACAGAUAAAAGUGCUGAAGAGAGAAUCAAAGAAAACAGAUUCACCUAAAAUACCAACUUUACUUAGUAUGGACCCAAAUCAAGAAAAACAAGAGGGUGGAGAUGGCGAUUGUGAGGGGAAGAAUUUGAAGAGGAACAGAUUUUUUUUUUCCCGAUAGUGCUUUGUCUUUUAAGUAAUCUUAAAAAUACAAGCUUGACAACUCCUUCCUUUUUAUUUUAUAUACAGUAGAAUGUAAUGUAGGGUGCUGCUAAGAUAGUCCACCCAUCCCAUCUGCAUCAGCAUCAUCUGCUUUUUUGGUUUUGCUAGCAAAAUUUUAACCAUUUUUCUCUUCUAAAACCUGUUAUUUUGAUGCUGUGAUUUGAGAUUAUAAAGUCACCUUCCCUGCCUGGUUCCUUCCUUGCCAUGAUUACUGAGUGGGUAGUCACCUGAUGUGCCCUGCUCACACCACUCUCAGACUGCUCACAGUCAAACCUCAUAAGCCAGGGGUCUCCUGGAAAGCACCGGCCUCUUCAAGUGGAUGCUCGAUGAACUUCUUAUCUGUUGUCUUAGUAACCACUUGUUGCCAUCACAUGAUGAAAGACAUUCUGUUGUCAGCAGUGAGGAAUUUAUAAUAGUUAACAAUUGACAGUGAUAUGAUGUUCCUAGGUUAAACUUGACAUUGUCUGCCUCCCAUAGUCUAAUAGUUCCAUCCGUUUAGCCAGAAGAAUUUCCUGAAGAAGCAAUGCACAACCUGGAAAAGGUUUACUUUCUAUCCUGGGCUAUUUUCUGUUGCUGAAUAAUACAGACUGGGUAGUUAACAUAAAAAAAACCCAAAGAUUAUUAUAGUUCUGGAAGCUAGGCAGUCCACUGGCACAGGCCGAAAACUGUUCAGCAUCUGGGAGGGUUUUGCUAUAAUUGACAAGGAGUGGAGGGCAGCACAUGGAGUGGCAGUAUGAGCCAUUAAGACGUCAUGGAGGUGCCAUUUCAUGACCUUGUCCAUCAUGAAUUACCUCCUGAAGGCCCCAGCUGCUUGAUGCCAUUGACAUAUUAGUUUGAAGAUUAAGCUUUUCUUUAAAAAAAGAUUUAUUUAUUUUAUAUAUGUUGUUAGUACACUGUUGUUGUCUUCAGACACAGCAGAAAAGGGCAUUGGGGAUCCCAUUACAGAUGGUUGUGAGCCACCAUGUGGUUGCUGAGAAUUGAACUCAGGACCUUUGGAAGAGCAGUCAGUGCUCUUAACCACUGAGCCAUCUCUCCAGCACCAGAUUAAGCUUUUUGUGGAGAGAAUUUCUUGUGUAUUGCAUGGGUGCAUCACCUGCCAACUGAAAAGCCUAUAGCUUAUUGCUUAGGCAGGAAAUAGGAGUUGGGACUUCCGGGAGGCAAAAAGAAUUCUGGGAUAAAGCCAGGCUCAAGAGAGAUCUGGCUGGAAAAGGUGUAAGGAGACAGAGGCAUGGUACCUGAGCAAGGUAACGAGCCAUGUAGCAGAAUGUAGAUUAAAAGAAAUGAGUUCUUUUGUUAUGAUUCUAGUCAGAGAAGAGCCUAGCUAUAUGGCCAAGGUAUUUGUAAAUUUUAAAUUUGCAUUUUGAAUCUGAGUUUUAUUUUUGGGAGCAUGGGGAUGGGAGGUAGAACCAGGCCCAAACUUUACCAGCUUACAGCAUAUUAACUUCCUUUUAAUCUGGGGAUGCUGAGAAAGGAAUAAAGAAUGCACAUGUGCAAGGCACGCGCUCUCCCACUGAGCUGAGGUACGGGCCUUUUGUUGUUUUAAGACUUUCUUAUUAUAUAUAAUCUCAGCUUACUUAGUACUCUCUGUUUAGUCCAGGCUAGCCUCAGUCUUAGAGCAGUCAUCCUGCCUCAGUCUCCUGAUUACUCAAAGUAUAGGCGUGCUCCAUACAUGAACUUUUGAAGGAUAUAUUUAAAUCAAAGCACUACCAAAAUUCUAGAUUGUUUUUCUCUCUGUAAAAAUUAUAUAAAAAAAUUGUCUUACUUGAUGUUAUA